UUUUUCAGGGGGAAAAAAAUGGUUAUUUCUUCAAACUCAUGCCUGGGCUUCAUUUGUUUACUGUUAUGCCAGUGGAUUGGAACCACCUCUUCUCUGAAUCUUGAAGACCCUAAUGUGUGUAGCCACUGGGAAAGCUACUCAGUGACUGUGCAGGAAUCAUACCCACAUCCGUUUGAUCAAAUUUACUACACGAGCUGCACUGACAUUCUAAACUGGUUUAAAUGCACACGGCACAGAAUCAGCUAUCGAACAGCCUAUCGACAUGGGGAAAAAACUAUGUAUAGGCGCAAAUCCCAGUGCUGUCCUGGAUUUUAUGAAAGCAGGGAAAUGUGUGUCCCCCACUGCGCUGAUAAAUGUGUCCAUGGUCGCUGCAUUGCUCCAAACACCUGUCAGUGUGAGCCUGGCUGGGGUGGGACCAACUGCUCCAGUGCCUGUGAUGGUGAUCACUGGGGGCCCCAUUGCAGCAGCCGAUGCCAAUGCAAAAAUAGGGCUCUGUGCAACCCUAUCACGGGGGCUUGCCACUGUGCUGCAGGCUUCCGGGGCUGGCGCUGUGAGGACCGCUGUGAGCAGGGCACCUAUGGUAAUGACUGCCACCAGAGAUGCCAGUGCCAGAAUGGAGCCACCUGUGACCACGUUACAGGAGAAUGCCGCUGCUCACCAGGAUACACUGGAGCCUUCUGUGAGGAUCUUUGUCCCCCUGGCAAGCAUGGUCCACAGUGUGAGCAGAGAUGCCCUUGCCAAAAUGGAGGAGUGUGUCAUCAUGUCACCGGUGAAUGCUCUUGCCCUUCUGGCUGGAUGGGCACAGUGUGUGGUCAGCCUUGCCCCGAGGGUCGUUUUGGAAAGAAUUGUUCCCAAGAAUGUCAGUGCCAUAAUGGAGGGACGUGUGAUGCCGCCACAGGCCAAUGUCACUGCAGUCCAGGAUACACAGGGGAACGGUGCCAGGAUGAGUGCCCUGUUGGGACUUAUGGAGUUCACUGUGCUGAGACCUGUCGCUGUGUCAACGGAGGGAAAUGUUACCACGUGAGUGGUGCGUGCCUCUGCGAAGCAGGCUUUGCUGGUGAAUACUGUGAGGCUCGCCUGUGUGCGGAGGGGCUCUAUGGAAUCAAGUGUGACAAGCAGUGCCCCUGCCACCUGGACCACACCCAUAGCUGUCACCCCAUGUCUGGAGAGUGCGCCUGCAAGCCAGGCUGGUCUGGGCUCUACUGUAAUGAGACAUGCUCUCCUGGAUUCUAUGGAGAAUCUUGCCAACAGAUCUGCAGCUGCCAAAAUGGGGCUGACUGUGACAGCGUGACUGGAAAGUGCACCUGUGCCCCCGGAUUCAAAGGAAUUGACUGCUCUACCCCGUGCCCUCUGGGAACCUAUGGAAUAAACUGUUCCUCUCGCUGUGGCUGUAAAAAUAAUGCCGCCUGUUCCCCUGUGGAUGGUUCUUGCACUUGCAAAGCAGGCUGGCACGGGGUGGACUGCUCUAUCCGCUGUCCUAGUGGCACAUGGGGCUUUGGCUGUAACUUAACAUGCCAGUGCCUCAACGGGGGAGCAUGCAACACACUGGACGGGACCUGCACAUGUGCACCUGGAUGGCGUGGGGAGAAAUGUGAACUUCUCUGCCAGGAUGGCACAUAUGGGCUGAAUUGUGCUGAGCGCUGUGACUGCAGCCAUGCCGAUGGCUGCCACCCCACCACGGGCCAUUGUCGCUGCCUCCCUGGAUGGUCAGGUGUCCACUGUGACAGUGUGUGUGCUGAGGGGCGCUGGGGCCCCAACUGCUCCCUGCCCUGCUACUGCAAAAAUGGGGCUUCGUGUUCUCCCGAUGACGGCAUCUGUGAGUGUGCACCAGGAUUCAGAGGCACCACUUGUCAGAGAAUUUGCUCCCCUGGUUUUUACGGGCAUCGCUGCAGCCAGACGUGCCCGCAGUGUGUGCACAGCAGUGGGCCCUGCCAUCACAUCACGGGCCUGUGUGACUGCUUGCCUGGCUUCACAGGGGCUCUCUGCAAUGAAGUGUGUCCCAGUGGCAGAUUUGGGAAAAACUGUGCAGGGAUUUGUACCUGCACAAACAAUGGAACCUGUAAUCCCAUUGACAGAUCUUGUCAAUGUUACCCGGGUUGGAUCGGCAGUGACUGCUCUCAGCCAUGUCCACCUGCUCACUGGGGCCCAAACUGCAUCCACACAUGCAACUGCCACAAUGGGGCCUUCUGCAGCGCCUACGAUGGGGAAUGUAAAUGCACUCCUGGCUGGACGGGUCUCUACUGCACUCAGAGAUGUCCUCUGGGGUUUUAUGGAAAGGACUGUGCAUUGAUUUGCCAGUGUCAAAAUGGAGCUGACUGUGACCACAUCUCUGGACAGUGCACUUGCCGCACGGGGUUCAUGGGGAAGCACUGUGAGCAGAAGUGCCCUGCAGGAACAUAUGGCUACGGCUGUCGUCAGAUAUGUGACUGUCUGAAUAACUCCACCUGCGAUCACAUCACCGGGACCUGCUACUGCAGCCCAGGAUGGAAGGGGGCACGGUGUGAUCAAGCUGGUGUUAUAAUAGUUGGAAAUCUGAACAGCUUAAGCCGAACCAGUACUGCUCUCCCUGCUGAUUCCUACCAAAUCGGGGCCAUUGCAGGCAUCAUCAUUCUUGUCCUAGUUGUUCUCUUCCUAUUGGCAUUGUUCAUUAUUUAUAGACACAAACAGAAGGGGAAGGAAUCAAACAUGCCAGCGGUUACCUACACCCCUGCUAUGAGGGUCAUCAGUACAGAUUAUACCAUUUCAGAAACUCUUCCUCACAACAAUGGUGGAAAUGCUAACAGCCAUUACUUCACCAACCCCAGUUACCACACUUUGACCCAGUGUGCCACAUCCCCUCAUGUCAACAACAGGGAUAGGAUGUCCAUUGCAAAGUCAAAGAACAAUCAGCUGUUUGUGAAUCUUAAAAAUGUGAAUCCCGGGAAGAGAGGGCCUGUGGUAGACUGCACAGGGACGCUUCCAGCAGACUGGAAACAUGGCGGCUACCUUAAUGAGCUUGGUGCUUUUGGACUUGACAGAAGUUAUAUGGGAAAAUCCUUAAAAGACCUGGUAAAGAGUUCUGAAUAUAAUUCAAGUAACUGCUCCCUAAGCAGUUCUGAAAACCCAUAUGCCACUAUUAAAGACCCACCUGUACUUAUCCCCAAAAACUCGGAGUGUGGCUAUGUGGAGAUGAAAUCCCCAGCACGGAGGGACUCCCCAUAUGCAGAGAUAAACAACUCAACUUCAGCCAACAAGAAUGUCUAUGAAGUUGAACCUACAGUGAGUGUUGUCCAAGGAAUAUUCAGCAAUAAUGGGCACCUUACCCAGGAUCCAUAUGACCUUCCAAAGAACAGUCACAUUCCUUGCCAUUAUGACCUACUGCCAGUCCGAGACAGUUCGUCUUCCCCCAAGCGAGAAGGUGACGGCAGCAGCAGCAGCAGCAGCAGCGAAUGA